AACCUCAGUAUUAACACACUCACUAUUCCAUCUUGUAUCACAAAUGUCAUUUUCUUCUGUUGCUUUUACACUAACCUAAAACAGUUUUCAUUUUCUAAGCAAACAACGACUAUGGCGUGGUCUGAUUCUACUGCGCACAAACCAACUCGCCCUUCUCGACCACUCUACGUUCCUCAUUUCCGUUCCAACAAUAAUAUCAACAGCAACAGCAACAUCCCUUCUCCUUUCAUCAAUCGAACCUCUUNCCCUCCAUCCGAUGAUUCAUCUUACUCUUUCAAUCGCCCCGCUCCCAGACAACGUGGUCGAGGCGGUUACGCUCCCCCACCACGCCGUUUUCCUCCUCGUCGAGAAGAACCACAGAACUGCGAUCCCUCCCACCGUAACAACCGCUCGCCAUUUGAAACAAAUGGCGAAACAGAAAACGGUGUCGUUGCGAAUUUCGAAGCGUACGAAUCUGUACCAGUGGAGGCAACCGGAGAAAACGUUCCUCCUCCCGUAAAUGUCUUCGCGGAAACCGACCUGCACGAAGACUUAAAAAGAAACAUUGAGCGAUGCAAGUAUUUGAAACCUACCCCCGUUCAGCGUUACGCGAUCCCCAUUGCUGUUGCUGGACGCGACCUUAUGGCUUGUGCGCAAACUGGUUCCGGUAAAACGGCAGCUUUCUGUUUCCCUAUUAUAUCUGGAAUAAUGAAGUGUCGUUUGGCUAAUGACUUGUCGUCUAUGCCACGUGUAUCCAGUGUUGCAUAUCCCAGUGCACUCAUCUUGUCUCCAACUAGAGAGUUAUCCUGCCAGAUACACUCAGAAGCUAGCAAAUUUGCCUAUCAAACAGGAGUUAAGAUUGCUGUUGCUUAUGGUGGUGCUCCAAUUGGUCAACAGUUAAGGAUUUUGGAGAGAGGCGUUGAUAUUUUAGUUGCAACUCCUGGACGUUUGGUUGAUAUGAUUGAGAGAGAAAGGGUUUCAUUAAAGAAGAUUCAAUUUCUUGCUUUGGAUGAGGCUGAUAGAAUGUUGGAUAUGGGAUUUGAGCAUCAAAUUCGAAAUAUUGUGCAGCAGAUGCAUAUGCCUCCUCCGGGCGCUAGACAGACAUUGCUUUUCAGUGCUACUUUUCCCGAUAAUAUACAGAAGCUAGCGUCUGAUUUUUUAUCAAACUAUGUGUUUUUGGCUGUUGGAAGGGUUGGUUCAAGCACUGAACUGAUUGUACAGAAAAUUGAAUCUGUACAGGACAUGGAGAAACGAAACCGUCUUGUGGAUCUUCUCCGACACAAUGUAGUCAAUGGGAAGCUUGCUUUAACUCUUGUAUUUGUUGAAACAAAGAAAGGAGCUGAUGCUUUAGAAAACUGGUUGUGCAGAAGCGGGUUUCCAGCUAUUGCUAUACAUGGUGACAAGGUUCAAAUGGAGCGGGAAAGAGCUUUAAGAUCUUUUAAACGCGGUUAUACACCAAUAAUGGUUGCAACUGAUGUAGCUUCAAGAGGAUUGGAUAUCCCUCACGUUGCUCAUGUUAUUAACUUUGAUUUGCCUAGAGACGUAGAUGACUAUGUUCAUAGAAUUGGUAGAACAGGCCGUGCUGGCCAAUCUGGUUUGGCAACUGCUUUCUUCAGCAACAAGAACAUGCCUAUGGCAAAGGCUCUUGUUAGCCUUUUGCAGGAAGCAAAACAAGAAGUUCCCUCAUGGCUCCUCCAAUGUUCCGAGAGUUCAGCACCCGGUGAACGCAACAGUGGACCUCAAAGGCCCUGGAGAAGUAACUACGGAGGUCGUGAUUUCCGGAAUGCAGCUGAACCUGUAGCAGAUAAUUACAACUACAACAGAUACAACAGUACUUACAACAAUUAUGGCGAUCGUGAUUUCAAUAAUGUCCCUCAGCAAGUGGAAAAUUACCACUACAACAGUACCUACAGCAAUGGAGACCAUUCUGCAACAUCUUAUAUUGAUACCUCUUUAGAAAUUCAAAACUCUAACAAUUACUCGUAUGACACCACAAAUAAUACAGUUUUUGCGGGAAGUCAUAAUUACAGUGGUUCUGGUUUACUUGAAGGCAGUGAUGGUAAUGGGCCAUGUGGUUAUGAAUCUGUUGUGCCCACUGGGUGGGACUAACUAGUCUAGUAUCUUGCUGGUUGCAUCCUUUUUUUUGCUAUUGAUUUUGAAGGAUAAGGUAAUGUACCUUGUAUACAGUGAUGCCGUAAUGCAAAUAGCUUGGCCCCCUAACUUUAAGGUAGUUCAAAAUUUGCAGACCUUUGUCUUAUUGAAUAUUUUUUUGUUGAUCCCCUGGUUUUUUAGUGGAUAGGAUGAUCAUUUGCUUUUUUGAAUCUUGCAAGUAAUCAAAGGGCGAUUUGGAACAUUUAUCUUAAGAAUUUGCUUAGUUGUACUA